AUGGGGAUCAAAUUCAAAGCGUUUAGAGGACAACACGAUGGUACGAUCAGAGAGUCCGUUGGUUGUGUAGAUGACGUUGGAGACAAGGAUGUGCUCAUCAAAAUGACCCACGCAGGUCUCUGCUUCACAGACACUCACUACAUCGAGACAGGAUGCGUAUUAAGUCAUGAGAAUUGCGGAAAGAUCGUUGAGACUGGCAGAAAAGUCAGUCAUCUGCGAGUUGGAGACACUGUGGGGUUCGGUUUUGUGCACAAUGCGUGCGGGAAGACAUCGUGCGAUGCCUGUUUGCAGGGCAACGACACUCUCUGCAGUGAGGCAAGAGUAUACGGUGAAGCUGAUCUUGAUUGGGGUGGUUUUGGUGAGUAUGCCAAGCUAGAUGGUGAUUUCGUACACAAAAUUCCAGAUGGCAUAGCACCAGAACAUGCAGCACCACUACAAUGCGCCGGCGCUACUGUUUUUGCCCCGUUUCUCAAAUUCGACAUCAAGCCGAUUCAUCGCGUGGGCGUUAUCGGCAUUGGUGGUCUCGGACACUUGGCACUGCAGGUUGCACAUAAAUGGGGCUGCUCAGUCGCUGCUUUCACUCUGUCAGAUAGCAGAAGCGAGGAGUACAAGGCGCUCGGCGCUCACGAGGUCAUUGUCACACAGCGCGCGGAUGGCAGCUCUUUCGUUCCUCAGGACGAGGAAGACAAGUUCGAUUUCAUUCUUUCCUCAGCCAGCUCGCACGUGCCGUGGGAUGACUACUUGGACUGUCUCAAACCACGCGGACAGAUCAUCCCACUCGCCAAUUUUUUGGGAAAAUUCGAGACGAACAGAUACCCGGCCUUGCUCGCUAGAGAGAAUAAAGUGGGCGGUAGUUUGUGUGCAACGAGAUAUGAACAAAAGAAGAUGCUCCAAUUCUGCGCGAGACAUGACAUUAAGCCAGCUGUAGAGGUACUUGAUCUCACACAGGAUAAUCUCAACCAUGCAUUGGAAAGACUGAAAAAGGGCCAAGUGCGGUAUAGAUUUGUGCUGAGGCAUGUGUAG